CGGAAGUGACGGCCCGCCUUCGCAGAAAGUGUUGUUUUGCUUCAUCUGCAGCUACUUUUCAGCCAAGAAGACACCUGUUUUGCAGUCAAACUUCACUAUGUCUUCAGAUUUUGAAGCCUAUGAACAGGACUUUGGAACCCUGACAGCAGAAAUAACCAACAAAAUUGGAAGGAUUCCCAAAUUAGGUGGAGAGGAGAAGACACAGCUGGUUCUAAAUGUCGACAAACAGCUCGAAGAAGUCAGAGAGUUGAUGGAGCAGAUGGAUCUGGAGGUGCGUGAGCUCCCCAUCCAGAGCAGAGGCAUGUACCAGAGCAGACUGAAGAGCUACAAGGGGGAGAUGGACAAGCUGGAGAAAGACUUUAAAAGGUCACGUAUCGCCUACAGUGAUGAGGUGCGGAACGAGCUCCUGGGGGAAGACGGUGGCUCCUCUGAGAGUCAGAGAGCACAUCUGUUGGACAACACAGAGAAGCUGGAAAGGUCAUCUCGGAGGCUGGACGCAGGCUACCAGAUAGCAGUGGAAACCGAACAAGUUGGCCAAGAGAUCCUGGCUAACCUACACACCGACCGCGAGAAGAUCCAGAGAUCCAGAGAUCGGCUGAGAGAGACAGACGCCAACCUGGGCAAGAGCUCCCGCAUCCUAACCGGCAUGCUGAGAAGAAUCAUCCAGAACAGAGUCCUGGUCUUCGUCCUCGGCGCCAUCAUCCUCAUCACCAUCAUCCUGGCUAUCUAUUUCAAUGUGCGAGGGCACUGAUUUCCCUAAUUCUCUCUCUCUCACACUCACACUCACACACACACACACACACACACACACACACACACACACACACACACACCGGGCGUGAUUAAUAGCGACAAAAGCAUUGCUCUGGAGUAAUUAGGACAAAUGGUUCCAAUGAAUCACUUUCCAGGCCAUGACAGGGGUCUCUCUCUCUCUCCUCUCUUGCUCUCUCUCUCUCUCUCGUGCUCUCUCUCUCUCUCUCUUUCUCUCUCUCUCUCUCUCUCUCUCUCUCUCUCUCUCUCUCUCUCUCUCUCUCUCCCCUACAGUUUUUGUUCUUUUGUUUUUGAUAUUAUUCAUGGUGUUGUCACCGGACUGUGUUUGAUUGGAUCCAUCUUUCCCCUGGGUAGAGAGAGAGCCUGUGGGGAAUUCAAAGAGUUUAGAUGUAAAUCCUGCUAGUGUUGUGUAUGCACUACUUCCAUGGUCUAACCUAAGGUGUCUGCAGUCCCUUUUCUCUGUGUGUGUGUGUGGGUGCUUGUCUAUCUGUACGCAGGGCUUUCCUCUCCCCCUCUGUCAGACCAACUUUCAAUCCAUCUAGUGUAUUAGGCACUAGACUCAACUCAGAUUAACUUGGGAUUAGCUUACUACAUGCAUCCACAGUCACACACACACAGCCUCCAGGUACAAAGGACAGUACCUUCAAAUAAGAGGUGGUAGUCUGUCACCUCUUUCCACACGGUUGGGCCCAAAUAUGAGAUCUACAUUCGUAAAUGGAAGACUUAUUCACAUGAAAAGGUUUGCUUCUGUUUUGACUCAAGGAAGGAGACCCUGUUUGAUUUGUCUGUCCUCUUCACAAUAUUCACUCGUAUCAUUGAUAUCGGACUGUGUUUGAUCUCAACGUUGUCCAGACUCCAUGAUAUUUUGUUCAUACACACAUGACAUUAAUAUAGAAUUGAUUGUAGUAGUCCACAUACUGCAGUAACUGGCAAAUUUACAUAAAUUGUACGCAGAGAAAAAAAAGGCUUUUAGGUUUUUCAUAUUACCAGUAAUUCUGUUACUAUUUAUUUAUAUACAUUGUUUGAGAAUUGAUGAUUUAUUUUUGUUGAUUAUCAUUAAGUGUACAUUUUAUGGAGUCUAUUGUAAACGUAACCUGACGCAGACCAAUGGUCUUUGGCCAGCGAAUCACAUGACAUGUAUAGUUCGUUUUUCUCCAGGACCAGUUCAUUCAUGGAUUGCUUUGAUUGUGUGUGAAUUCAGACUUAAGUCAUUUUUAAUAUGAAUGAAAUUGC